GUCAUACUUCUUGGUAUUAAAAACAUAAGCAGAGCAAUGUUGGACUUUAUUUCUUUGCAGUUGAAUCGUCCACAGUUUACAAAGUUUCAUACGAGCCAUUUAAUAAAAGGUUAUAAAAUAGAAGUGCAAAAAUAAUAAAAUAAAAAUAGAGCCAAGGUAAAACUUAGUAUUCUUUUAAUGAAUACGCCAUAAAUCUAAUUUAGUGCCUGAUAAUUCAGCUUGAUUACGUCUGAAACAAACAAAGUCAAAUCAGUAGUUGGAUUGUUACUGGAUUUGAAAAACGAUUUCAUUCAAACGUCAUUUUCUAAUGAACUUUGACAGAUGAAUGUCUUGGAUGACGUCAGUCAAACAAGAUUGUUUAUGUUUAUGAAUUUUUGUAACGAUAAAAUAACUUGUUUGUUUCGUGCUUACAUCUAAAUAAUUAUUUGGCUAUUCGUAGAAUUUUGCUCAUGUUAUAAAUGUCAAACAUGUAUCGCAUCUGAAUCAACAAAAAACUGUAAACAACUAUCUUGACUGCUAAACCGAAAUAUGGACACCUCGGAUUGUAUCAGCAGAUUCUUCAAUGAAAAAGAAAGCUUCACGGCAGUCAGUCCGCGUUUGAUCCAACACUCAAGUUCACCAACGAAAUCCCUGGACUCCUCGCAAGACUUAAGCCAAAUCUCCAUGGAGUCAGAUGAACUCAGCCUAUCACAGUUGACCAUAAAAGAACAAGAACCAAUACAUGUCCAACCGUUUUUCAACAUAACACCAAGAUGUAUGCCGGUUUCUCCUCAUUACGUGGUAGAAGAAGAAUUCUCGUCAAAUCCUUGGGCAAUGUUAAUAGCAACAAUAUUCUUAACGAAAACUUCAGGCAAAACAGCCAGGCCCUACAUGAAGAACUUUUUCGAUGAAUACCCGACGCCUUAUCACGUCUUAAACGACACUCCGGUAUCUUUAGAAAGAUUCUUUGAUAACUUAGGAUUGAGGAAAAGGGGACAUAUGAUAUGGAAGCUCAGUUAUCAGUUUGUUUCUUCAAAAUGGCGCCGGGCAAGUGACUUAUGCGGCAUCGGGAAAUAUGGCGAAGACGCCUAUAGGAUAUUCUGUUUAGGUCACACGGACAUAGACCCAAACGACAGGUACUUAAAGCUGUAUUUGGAUUGGCUGAGGUGUAACACUGAUUUUUUGGAAGAAAAUGGAGCGGUGGACAGCGAACAUGUGAUUGAAGACCCGAUUAUGGAUUAUUACAGGAUUACCUUGAGAGAUGGAGAUUAGAUUUCUGUUAAUCAGAUAAAUGCGUAGGUACUCAUGUAGUGUAAUAUCUGUGAUAAUAAUAAUAAUUGUUAUAUGGUAUAAAAGGUAUAAUGGAAGAGUUAGUUGAGAACUAAACAGCUAAAUGAAAACUAAAUAAUUUAAUUGCGACCAUAAUUAAGUAUUUUAUUAUUUUAGUAAAAUUUUCAGAGAAUUAACCUAUAAAUAUUUUUAUUGCCAUGUUAACUGUUAGAUUCUUAGUCAGAUAUAACAUUUUUUUUAUAUUACUAAAUUGAGAAUGAAUGUGAACUAAAAAAUUAAGAACGUAAUGAACAUAAUCAUCAGCAACACAUUUUUUCAAAUUAAAAUGAAUAUUUUGUUUUUACACUCAAAAUGUUUCAUUAAC